CGCCGUUUAAAAUUUCUCAAACUUUGAAACUCACCUUCAAAGUACUAUCGCCACUUUGCCAAAACGUCAAAAGAUUACCCAUCAAUGGCCACACAGUUGGACUUUUCUCUCCCCUUCUGUCCACAGUAAAGUAUCACUUCUCCAACCCAACUAGCUUCCAAACGAGAACCAUCCAUGAUUUCGGAAACAACAAGCACAACCCAGAAUUCUGGGGUUCACGAUGAAGAAAAAGUUGCAGUGGCGGCAGUAAGAGAAGAUUCACGUGGCCAUGAAGAAACUAGAGGGACAUGGAAACACGCCGCUUUCCACGUCGCGACGACCAUUGCCACCCCGGCCGCUUCCCUUCGCCGUUGCUUCGCUCGGUUGGCCUCUCGGGGUCAUUAGUUUGGUGGGUGCUACAUUGGCCACAUGGUAUUCUAGUCUAUUGAUUGCGUCCUUGUGGGGAUGGAAUGGCAAGAAGCAGAAAACAUAUCGACAUCUUGCACAGAGUAUAUAUGGAUCCUGGGGUUACUGGUCGAUUGCAUUUUUUCAGCAGGUUGCUUCCUUGGGUAAUAACAUUGCCAUUCAUAUUGCUGCUGGAAGGAGCCUUAAGGCCGUGUACAAAUACUAUCACGAAGAUGGUACCUUAACCUUGCAGCAUUUCAUUAUGUUCUUUGGGGCUUUUGAACUUUUUCUCUCUCAGCUACCAGAUAUCCAUUCACUGAGAUGGGUAAAUGGGGUCUGCACUCUCAGCACAAUUGGUUUCGCUGGUACAACCAUUGGUGUGACAAUUUAUAAUGGAACAAAGAUUGAUAGAAGAUCAGUUAGCCACAGUCUGCAAGGAAGCUCCUCUACAAAGAUAUUUAAAGCUUUUAAUGCUCUUGGUGCAAUUGCCUUUUCAUUCGGAGAUGCAAUGCUUCCUGAAAUUCAGAGUACUGUAAGGGAACCUGCAAAGAAGAACAUGUACAAAGGUGUAUCAACAGCAUACACCAUCAUUGUUUUCACUUAUUGGCAAUUGGCUUUCUGUGGCUACUGGGCGUUUGGAUCAGGAGUGCAGCCUUAUAUCGUCGAUUCUCUUACUACUCCGGCAUGGACGACUGUUAUGGCUUAUCUUUUUGCAGUGAUUCAAAUAUCAGGAUGCUUUCAGAUUUAUUGCAGGCCUACAUAUGCUUAUUUUGAAGAAAAAAUGUUAUCCCGCAAAACAAAUGCUCAUUUUGACCUACGAAAUCGAGUCAUUCGUAUGGUUUUUACAACUGUUUACAUGAGUCUUAUAACACUUGUGGCUGCAGCCAUGCCAUUCUUUGGGGAUUUUGUUUCCAUUUGUGGAGCAAUUGGGUUCACUCCACUGGACUUUGUAUUCCCUGUUUUAGCCUAUCUGAAAGCUGGGAGAAUCCCCCAAAAUACAAAGCUUCGCCUUCCACUGUUGGUCCUUAAUUUCGCGAUUGCUAUCUGGUUCUCGGUGGUCGGAGUUUUGGGUUGCAUUGGAGCAGUUAGGUUCAUUGUAGAAGAUAUUAAGAAUUACAAGUUCUUUCAUGAUAUGUAAUAACAUCAGUGAUUAUAGUCG